AUGGACCAAAAGCAAUAUUCAAAAUCAACUGCUAGUGAAUCGUCUGCAUCAUCUACUGCAAAUAAAUCUAAGGAACCGUCAACAGCAGUAGCAUCAGUACCAACAAUAACGACGGGUAGAAGUGCUGCGCUCCCUCAACCUGCUCGUCGGAUUAUUCAAAAUUUCCUUCUCGUCUGGCUCGAUGCCAAUAUUGACGAGUCAAAGGAAGAUUUUCAAAAUACAUUAAAACAUUUACGACGAAUUGUAGCAUCCAUUACAAUAUUCACCGAUGCUCAACAAUGUUUCGAUUAUCUUAGUGGCAUUACAAAGGAAAAGGCAUUUAUGAUUGUAUCGGGCUCACUUGGACAACAAUUAGUACCAGAUAUUGAAGCCAUGCAACAAUUAGAAUCUGUGUAUGUUUUUUGUGGUAAUCAAUCUUAUCAUGAACAAUGGGCCAAUAAAGUACCGAAGAUUAAAGGCGUAUAUACAAAGAUCGAACCAAUUUGUGAAGCAUUAAAAAUCGAUCGUCAACAAUGUGAUCAAGCUAUGAUUCCGAUCAGCUUCAAUACAAUUGAUCCAUUAUUUAUGUAUACACAAUUAUUAAAAGAAGCACUCUUAGAAAUCGAAGAUGAUGAUAGAAAAUCUAUCAAAGAUCUUGUUACAUAUUGUCGUGAACAAGAAGAUAUAUCUGAAGAUCAAAUUAAACUAAUCGAACGUGAAUAUAGUGAUCAUACACCAAUUUGGUGGUAUACGGCUCCUUAUUUCAUAUAUUCAAUGCUUAAUCGUGGCCUUCGACAAAUGGAUGUCGACAUUAUACUUAAAAUGGGCUUUUUCAUCCGCCAUCUACAUCAACAUAUUACAAAACUACAUCGUGAACAACAAAGCAGCAAAACAGCCAUGCCAUCGAAAUUUCAAGCUUUUCGUGGUCAAGGCUUAUCCAUGGAAGCUUUAGAAAAAAUGAAGAAAACCAAAGGUGGACUUAUGUCCUUUAAUAAUUUCUUGUCGACAAGUCGUAAUCGUGAGAUUUCUUUCGAAAACUUUGCACGACCAGCAGCAUUCGAUGCAAAUUCAGUUGGUAUCCUCUUUGUUAUGAGCAUCGAUACGACCAUUUGCACAUCAUCAUCGACACCUUUCGUCAACGUGAAAAAUGGUGGUUUCUUCGACAAUACAGAAGAAGAAAUUCUUUUCUCGACUCAUACAAUUUUUCGUAUCGACCAUAUAGAACGUAUUGAAGACAAGCAUACAGAUCGCCUCUGGCAAGUGAAUCUCACCCUUGCAGGUAAUCAAGACGAUGAUUUUAGAAAACUUACAGCACAUUUAAGCAAAGAGCAUAGUUGGGCAACAGGCUGGGCUCGACUGGGUUCUAUUCUUAUUAACUUGGGUGAGCCUGCAAAAGCAGAACAUCUCUAUCGCAUACUUCUCGAGAGAGCAUCUUCCGAUAAGAACCGAGCGGAUUACAAUCUUAAGCUUGGCUGGGUGUAUAGAGACAUAGCAGAAUACUCGAAGGCAAUAACAUUUUACGAAAGAGCAAUCGAUAUCUACAAGAAAAUGAAUCCUCCGAGUCAGCUCGACUUGGCUGCUUCUUACAACAACAUCGGUAUGGUGUAUUAUAACAUGGGCGAGUACUUGGAAGCACUUUCAUUCUACGAACAAGCGCUUGAUAUCGACCAGAAAGUUCUCCCUCCAAAUCAGCUCGACUUGGCUUCUGACUACAACAACAUCGGUUUGGUGUAUAAUAACAUGGGCGAGUACUCGAAAGCACUUUCAUAUUAUGAAAAAGCACUUGAUAUCGACCAGAAAGUCCUCCCUCCGAAUCAUCCAGGCUUGGCUUUUGACUAUAACAGCAUCGGUUUGCUGUAUAAUAACAUGGGCGAGUACUCGAAAGCACUUUCAUCGUAUGAACGAUCGCUUGAAAUCAAAAAAAUUGCUCUCCCUUCGAAUCAUCCUUCCUUGGCUACUUCCUACAGCAACAUCGGUUCUGUGUAUAAUAACAUGGGCGAGUACUUGAAAGCACUUUCAUAUUACGAACGAUCACUUGAAAUCCAAAAAAUAGCUCUCCCUCCGAAUCAUCCCGACUUGGCUCAAUCCUACGAAGGUAUCGGUUUGGUGUAUAAUAACAUGGGCGAGUACUCGAAAGCACUUUCAUCACACGAACGAUCACUUGAAAUCAAAAAAAUAGCUCUUCCUCCGGAUCAUCCCGACUUGGCUUACUCUUACAACGGUAUCGGUUUGGUGUAUAAUAACAUGGACGACUACUCGAAAGCACUUCAAUAUUACGAAAAAGCCCAAGAAAUCUUCCAAAAAUCAUUGCCUCCAACGCAUCCGCGUAUUGCGACUCUGAAAAGUAACAUUGGUAUUGUAAAAAAGAAAAUGUAAUUGCUCGUUUUUUUUAAACGAGAAAAUAAAUUAGCCUUCUAGAACAUUGCGCUCUCGGAAGCGCAGCAGCUGCAAAAAUUUCACGCACGCGCGACCAGGGAUAUUCUCCACAUUCUGUUGGGUUAUACAGUGGACAAAGUCGGCAAUGGUUAGACAAACAUACCUGUAUAAUAUGUAUGACAAGUACAUCCAUGAUCAUCAUCUUCGGAAAGACGAUGAUAAGAUGGACGCUUCUAGUCAUACAUAUAUAAAUCUAUGUUAUGAAGGCCUACCAUCUACACGCCUGUACAAGUUACCAACACAACGUCGGAUAUCCCUGGGAAGGUUAAUUUGAUUUAGAGCCACCCCGAACGCUACAUUCGUUAAUAAAUUGUUGUUUUUCUGUUACGAAGAACGAGAAGAAGUAGAAACGGAAGGAAGAAAAAGUAAAACAGACAGACGUGAGAAAGAAGACAUCGACAUUACGGAGUGAUAAUACGCGGUGCACGAUAACAACAACCGAUUUGUGUUGAUAUGGAAAAAAAUCGAGCGCACGACAUCUUUGUUGUCUGUAAACAUUUCGUGUUCAAUUUAUUUGUUUUUGAUUUCGAAUGUGUAAGAAAAACUUGAAUGUCGUGUGCUCGAUAUUCAAGCAAACGAAUGAUGAUCGAAUAAAACAGAAGAAAGAAAAAAUAAGAAAAAAUUUCAAUUUAAGAAUGAAGAUGAGCAGGGUGGGUGUGGGUGUGGGUGUGGGUGUGGGUGUGGGUGUGGGUGUGGGUGUGGGGGUGGGGGGGGGGGGGGGGGGGGGGGGGGUGGGGGGGGGGGGGGGGGGGGGGGGGGGGGGGGGGGGGGGGGGGGGGGGUGGGGGGGUGGGUGUGGGGGGGGGGGGGGGUGGGGGGGUGGGUGUGGGUGUG